AUGGGUUCCGAAGACCCUAAGAUGCCAUGGUACAAGGGUUGGGAACUUACCGGACGUGAUCGAAGAUUCCCUAGUGCACAGGGUUUUACUCUCUUUGAAGCGUUAGAUUCUAUUGUACAACCUGAAAGACCAACUGAAAAGCCUCUUCGACUACCACUCCAUGAUGUCUACAAAAUUGGUGGUAUCGGAACGGUUCCGGUUGGUCUCAUUAAAACUGGAAGACUGGAGCUUGGUAUGGUUGUUAAAUUCGCUCCUGCUAACAUCACCACUGAAGUGAAGUCUGUAGAAAUGCACCACAGAGCAAUCACCGAAGCGCUACCAGGAGACAACGUCGGCUUCAAUGUCAAAAACGUUUCCGUCAAAGAUAUCCAUCGUGGUACGGUCUGCGGUGACAGCAUGGAUACCCCUCCUGUUGCUGCUAAAUCGUUUACGGCUCAGGUAUGUGGACGAUAG